AUGUACUCUUCAUACCUUCAGGUCGUUUUCCAGCUUUCCGUUUCCAAGGCCGGAUAUAUCACGAACAUCUUCAACAUCGUCUCGUGCACCUGGGCAAUCAUCAUCAGCUUCGCCAUGAAGUACACCGAUACCUACAAAUGGGGUGCCGUCAUCGCCGUCCCCACUCAGCUACUCAUGACUGGCUUGUUGAUCUAUCUCCGCACACCCGACUCCCCGAUAGCGAUCCUGAUCCUGGUGGAGGUACUCGGCGCCAUGGCGAGCGCUAUGCUCUACAACGUGGAGCAAGUUGCUAUCAUGAUGGCUGUACCGCACGACCAAGUCGCUGUUGCUAUCGCGCUUCUCAACCUCGUCACGGCUGUUGGUGGUGCGAUCGGCCAGUCUGUUAGCGGCACUCUAUGGGCUCAAAUCGUACCCAAGAGGCUCGUCGAGUACCUCCCUGAAGAAUCGAAGCACCUGGCGCCAAAGAUCUAUGGUGAUAUCACUAUGCAGUUGUCACUGCCAUGGGGUAGUCCGGAGCGUCAGGCCGUGGUACAUGCGUUCGGCGACGCGCAGAAAAUCAUGGUGUUGAUGGGGACUUGUGCAUUUGUGCCCUGCUUCAUCUGGGUGGCCAUGCUGGAGAACCAGCGCAUGAGCGAGCGCAAGGCUCGCAAGGGUCUGCAGGCUUGA